AUGGCAUCGAACCUACUCAAUAAAGGGGCGGGAGCAGGGGUUCUCUUGAUAGGGACACAUGUCCCUAUCAACUAUAAUGGCUUCUUGCAUGAUGUGCCCGGGGCUGUUCGGCAAGAGCGCCAUGACCAGCUGGCUCACCCUGGGCUGGCAGUGGGCGAUAUAUACCAUCAAUUGGAGUUCUAUUCUAUACCAGCAGCAAGAGUAGAUCGAGCGUACUACAUUGCAGGGACCACUGAGCCAGGACUUGGCCAUCGAGGCUACUACCCCUUUGAAGACUCAUUCAGGCUGUCGACGGAACCAGUUAGUAGUCAUACGGAGCUCAUGCAGCUGGCACGGGCUAAGGGUCUCGUAUUGCGUGUUCAUGUUAUAGUUAACGUUCGGCAGACCUAUUGGGUGGAGGGCCGUAACGACGAGAAAGUCUUCGGCUCACGAGACUUUGUUGACCAUAGAACGUUAUCAGGGAAGGGCCUGGCCUCGCACUCCUUUGCUUUUGAGUGUGCCCUCGAGGCGGAAGGCGUUCAGCAAAUAUCCGACGACGCGAUCCCUCCAGGCAUACCUCGAAUGAAGCCCGUGUCAACUGGAACGAACCCUUGGAAAAUUGCCGAUGCGAAUGGAGUCGUCUCACAGGGUGACAACGAGGGGAUUGCCGCAGUGCAUGGAUAG